ACUAAUGAUAACAACUGUCAUUUAUUUUUAAAUAUUUUUAUUUAUUUAUUUGGCUGUCUCCGGUCUUUAUUGCAGCACGCGGGAUCUUUAGUUGCAGCAUGCGAACUCUUAGUUGCGGCAUGUGAGAUCUAGAUCCCUGAUCAGGGAUGCAACCCAGGCCCCCUGCAUAGGGAGCUCUGAGUCUUAACCACUGGACCAACCACCAGGGAAGUCCCACAAGUGUCAUUUAUUGAAAUCCCACUAUGUGCAGGCAGGGGGCCUAAUUUAUCUCUAGUCAUCAUAACAACUCCGUGAGGUAUUACUGUGCUCACUUGCAGAUGAGGAGUUCACAGAGACCAAGUCAUUUGCCCAAGUUUCUACUAAAAGUGCUGAAAUAUUUCCUGAGAUCGGCUUGGGGAAGGGCUGCCAGAAACCAAGGAAUAAUCUUUUUUUUACCAUAACUAAAUAUUUUUUGCUUAUACUAAAAAAUCAUUGUUCAGCUGAAAUCGAAAUUUAAUCCCGUAUUUUUAUUUGCUAAAUCUGGCAACCUUAUCUUGGAGGUACCCGGCAAAACCAAAGCAGGUUCCUGCUUGUUAUGCCCUAACACGUCUUUGUUGGUUUUGUUUUUGUCUUUACGAGCCGUAGUAAAAGUCAGGUUCAGACUUGAGGCCUCUCACCGUUUUAGUGGGCGGAAGGCUGAGAACGGUGAAACCCCUGCCCCCCAUUAACAUGUCUGCCAAGGAGCGGUAACGCGAACCUUCCGCCCCGCACGGACGUGGCCGCGCCCCGCCGCCGAGGAUUGGCUCAGCCCAAAGCCCGGCCUCCCUCGCCCAUGGGAGCCCCUUCCAUUGGGCAGUUAUAGAAGAUGGCGGAGCCCCGCCCCUGCCUUCCUCUCGCGAAGCACAGGCUUCAGUGACUGGCGGAGAGCCGUGGCCGGGUUGUCACGUGGCCCGGGGCUCGUCUGUUUGCGGAAGUAGAAGGAAGUAGAAGUGCUGAGUAAGCCGAGCUCCCUCCAGGCCCAGAAUCCGGGGAGCAGCGCUGGUGGGGAGCCACCUGGGUGCCCGUGCAGGAAACCGCCGCUCGUGGUGAGGUGGACAUGGGAGACCGAGCUCGGCUGACCAGAGACCCCGUUUUCUUCCAGACUGAGGGGGAAGGUGGCGGGGCCUCCCCGCCGGCCCCACGGAGGAUGCAGUUCUUUGGCCGCCUGGUCAACACCCUCAGCAGCGUCACCAACUUGUUCUCCAACCCAUUCCGGGUGAAGGAGGUGGCCGUGGCGGACUACAGCUCGAGCGGCCGGGUCCGGGAAGAAAGGCAGCUGAUUCUGUUCCAGAACGCUCCCAGUCGCACGUGGGACUGCAUCCUGGUCAACCCCAGGAACGCCCAGAGUGGAUUCCGGCUCUUCCAGCUGGAGACAGAGGCCGAUGCCCUGGUGAACUUCCAGCAGUAUUCUUCCCAGUUGCCACCCUUCUACGAGAGCUCCAACCACAUCCUGCAUGUUGAGGUCCUGCAGCAGCUGACCAACCUCAUCCGCAACCACCCCAGCUGGUCGGUGGCCCACCUGGCGGUGGAGUUGGGGAUCCGAGAGUGCUUCCAUCACAGCCGCAUCAUCAGCUGUGCCAACAGCAGGGAGAAUGAGGAGGGUUGCACUCCCCUGCACCUGGCCUGCCGCAAGGGCGACUGGGAGAUCCUGGUGGAGCUGGUGCAGUACUGCCGUGCCCAGAUGGACGUCACCGACAACAGCGGAGAGACCGCCUUCCAUUACGCUGUCCAGAGUGACAAUUCCCAGGUGCUGCAGCUCCUAGGGAAGAACGCAUCGGCUGGCCUGAACCAGGUGAAUAACCAAGGACUGACCCCGCUGCACCUGGCCUGCCAGCUGGGGAAGCAGGAGAUGGUCCGUGUGCUGCUUCUGUGCAACGCUCGCUGCAACAUCAUGGGGCCCGAUGGCUACCCCAUCCACACGGCCGUGAAGUUCUCCCAGAAGGGGUAAGACCCUGCCCUGCCCCA